AGUCUGGAAAAUCGGUGUUGGCAAACUUUGUUUCGGAGAGCAUAGAAGGGAUUGGCAGCUACAGCCCGACGCAAGGUGUAAGGAUUCUGGAGUAUGAGAAGCCAAACUUUAACGGUAACAGCAAGGGAGCUGGGUGUCGAUUUGAGUUGUGGGAUUGCAGUGGUGAUCAAAAGUUUGAAACAUGCUGGCCAGCUCUGAUGAAGGAUUCUCAUGGCGUAAUAAUAAUCUUCAAUCCUGAGCUGCCCAGUCACCUGAAAGAAAUUGAAAUGUGGUACUCCUGUUUCGUGCAGCAGCAGCCACUGCUUGAUAGUCAGUGUCUCCUAGUUGCACAUCACAAGCCAGGCAGUGCGGGGGACACAGAAAAUCUGUCUUUGGCUUACCCGAUGAACAAGCUGAAACUAAUACAUUCCAACUUAGAAGAUGAUCCUGAAGAUGUUCGGAUGGAAUUUAUGAAAUACUUCAGAAGCAUUAUUACCUUAAUAAAUGAGAGCAGAGAGAGGGAAGAAAUGUCAAUUAUCUCAUAACAUUAAAAGAAAUACUGAACAGGGAAGAAAAGGGAUUAUUUUCACUUUGUAAGCUAUGCUAGCCUGUGAACAGGUCCUCACAAUGAGAAUUUGCCAGCCUAUAAACACUUCAGAGAAAAUAAUGCACAAUUUAUGACUUAACCAGAAAAAAACAAGUGCUGACAUCAGAUGAACUGUGGUGCCAAAGAGGCGGCUGCACAUCCAGGAAUUUGGAUAACUUUAGCUGCACUUUGGUUUCAUUUGGCAUCAGAGGUACAGGAAGGUAUUGUUUAAUAUGUCAGUGUGGACCAAAAGAUAAAGGUAUCGGUCAUCUCUUCACUUCAGAAUCCCUUUUUGUAGAGGUGCUAAGAGAAGAAAGCCUGACAGAACACAAGAUUUGUGGAGUUCUGUUGAAGCAUCUGAGUAAAGUGUUCAUGCUAGCUGUGUUCCUGGAGAAGUUAUGCUUUUGGAAGUCAGUACGAACUGAUUGGAAUAGAGAUCUGAGAAGUAGUCGUGGUGUGGAAUCCGCAUUUUUCUGUUCCAAGCUCUCCUUAUCUUUCUGUCCAGCAUCUGAAGACAGCACACUUCAUAGCUAUUGCCUUGGCAAGACAGAGUAGGUUGCAGUCUUUCUCAGGACUAGGCUUUUCAUCUAUUCCAACAAAAUGAACGUGUUGUUGGGGACAAUGUUUAGGUCUCUCUGGGAGGAAAAGAAUUGAAAUCUGAGUGUAGUACAAUACUUUGACCUGUGUCAGGAGCUCCUAUAGAGGAAAAAAAAGUUCUGCACUCUCCAGAGGAGGAAAAGCCGUUUCCAAACUUGUAUUACUGUUCCCUGUUGCAUUGAAAUAAGUGCUUUCAUAGAUAGUUUACUUUCUGAUUUGUUUGGUUUGCACUCAUCCCUGUUCUUAGUGUGUUUUGCCGUGACAGACAUUUUUUUGUAACAUGCAGUACUAAAGCA